GAAGCUUCGGGGACCAGCCUGGCAGUCAGGCCCGAUGGGUGGAGCUGAAUUAAUCUAACCUGGAAUUUCAACUUGGCCUGAACAACAGGCAGCGCUGCCUUCUCCAUCAUCCUGACCCGGGAGAAGAAAUACCGGAGGAGAAACUCCUCACCCUGCCCUGCCCCCAUCACACAUCUACUGGCACACCUCAUGCCUGGGUCCAGAGUGGGUGAGGGUGAAGAACCCACCCAGCCAAGAUGAUCCCUUCUCUGGGGACUGCCGCUGGUGUCCUCCCCCAGAUCCCGGGCCCCAGCAGGUGGGAGAGUGGCCUCCAACUGAGUCCUAUCAGACUGCUGCAGAGGAGGUGAAGAGGGGUUGAGAAGAGGCACCCAUCCCGGAGCCUGGAGCUACUUGCCUUCACCCUGUAGAUUUUGACUGCUUUAGGAGAGAAGGACCUGUUGGUGGCCUUUGGAGGCAGGAAGCUGGACUGUGGCUCUGCCCCAGCACCUAUGCCCCCACCUCUGGCAGCAUCAUGAGUCAGUUUCAGGUGCCCCUGGCAGUCCAGCCAGACCUGCCAGGCCUUUAUGACUUCCCUCAGGGCCAGGUGAUGGUAGGGGGCUUCCAGGGGCCUGGGCUCCCAAUGGCUGGGAGUGAACCCCAACUCCGAGGGGGUGGAGAUGGGCGGAAGAAACGGAAACGGUGUGGUACUUGCGAGCCCUGCCGGCGGCUAGAAAACUGUGGGGCUUGCACCAGCUGUACCAACCGCCGCACACAUCAGAUCUGCAAACUGCGCAAGUGUGAGGUGCUGAAGAAAAAAGUGGGGCUUCUCAAGGAGGUGGAAAUACAGGCUGGUGAAGGAGCCGGGCCGUGGGGGCAAGGGGCUGCUGUCAAGACAGGCUCAGAGCUCAGCCCAGUCGAUGGACCUGUUCCAGGUCAGAUGGACUCAGGGCCAGUGUACGAUGGGGACUCACGGCAGCUAAGCGCCUCAGGGGCGCCGGUCAAUGGUGCUAGAGAACCUGCUGGACCCAGUUUGCUGGGCACUGGGGGUCCUUGGCGAGCAGAGCCGAAGCCCGACUGGGACGUGACCCCAGGACCAGCUCAUACUGCUCGCCUGGAAGAUGCCCACGAUCUGGUGGCCUUUUCGGCUGUGGCCGAAGCUGUGUCCUCUUAUGGAGCCCUUAGCACCCGGCUCUAUGAAACCUUCAACCGUGAGAUGAGUCGCGAAGCUGGGAACAACAGCAGGGGACCCCGGUCAGGACCCGAGAGCUGCUCUGCUGGCAGCGAAGACCUUGACACGCUGCAGACGGCCCUGGCCCUCGCUCGGCAUGGCAUGAAACCACCCAACUGCAACUGCGAUGGCCCAGAAUGCCCUGACUACCUCGAGUGGCUGGAGGGGAAGAUCAAGUCUGUGGUUGUGGAGGGAGGGGAGGAGCGGCCCAGGCUCCCAGGGACUCUGCCUUCUGGUGAGGCUGGUCUUCUGGCGCCAAUCACCAGGCCACUCCUCAGCUCUGAGGUCCCUCAUAUACCUCCUCCUCCGGAGGGCCUGCCCCUGUCCCAGAGUGCCCUGAGUAUCGCUAAGGAAAAAAACAUCAGCCUGCAGACCGCCAUCGCCAUUGAGGCCCUCACACAACUCUCCUCUGCCCUCCCCCAACCUUCUCACGCCACCUCCCAGGCUUCUUGCCCCCUUCCUGAGGCCUUGUCCCCUCCUGCCCCUUUCAGAUCUCCCCAGUCCUACCUCCGGGCUCCCUCAUGGCCUGUGGUCCCUCCUGAAGAGCACCCAUCCUUUGCUCCUGAUAGCCCUGCCUUCCCUACAGCAACUCCUAGAACAGAGUUUCCUGAAGCCUGGGGCACUGACACCCCACCAGCAACUCCCCGGAGCUCUUGGCCCAUGCCCCGCCCAAGCCCUGAUCCCAUGGCUGAACUGGAGCAGUUGUUGGGCAGUGCCAGUGAUUACAUCCAGUCAGUAUUCAAGCGGCCCGAGGCCCUGCCCAGCAAGCCCAAGGUCAAGGUUGAGGUACCCUCUUCCUCCCCAUCCCCAUCCCCAUCCCCCAUUCUCCAAAGGGAGGCCCCCACACCGUCCUCAGAGCCCGAUUCCCACCAGAAGGCCCAGACGGCCCUGCAGCAGCACCUCCACCAUAAGCGCAGUCUCUUCCUGGAACAGGCCCACGACGCCUCCCUCCCCCCUCCCUCGGAGCCUCCUGCUCCCGGCUGGUGGGCACCACCCAGCUCACCUGCCUCACGGCCAUCCGACAGACCACCCAAGGAGAAGAAAAGGAAGCCCCUGGCACCAGCUGGAGGUCUCGUGGGAACUGACAAAGCUGGCCCUGGGAUCAAGCCCAGUGUCCGGAAGUCCAUUCACAUCAAGAAGUCCAGGCCACGGGAGGCACAGCCCCUCUUCCCACCUCUGCGGCAAAUCAUCCUGGAAGGGCUGAGGUCCCCAGCCUCUGAGGACGUGCAGGCACAUCCACCUGCCCCCGUUCCUGCCUCACAGGGCUCUGCUGUCCCCCUGCCCCCAGAACCUUCUCUUGCGCUAUUUGCACCUAGUCCCUCCGGGGACAGCCUGCUGGCCCCUACUCAGGAAAUGAGGUCUCCCAGCCCCAUGGCAACCCUGCAGCCAGGCUCCGCUGGCCCUCUUCCCCCUGCCGAUGACAAGCUGGAAGAGCUCAUCCGGCAGUUUGAGGCUGAAUUUGGGGAUAACUUUGGGCUUCCUGGCCCCCAAUCUGUGCCCAUUCAGGACCCCGAGAACCAGCCAACCUGUCUCCCAGCCCCCGAGAGCCCUUUUGCUACCCGCUCUCCCAAGCAAAUCAAGAUCGAAUCUUCAGGGGCUGUGACUGUGCUCUCAACCACCUGCUUCCAUUCAGAGGAGGGAGGCCAGGAGGCCACACCCACCAAGGCCGAGAACCCACUCACACCCACCCUCAGUGGCUUCCUGGAGUCACCUCUUAAGUACCUGGACACACCCACCAAGAGCCUGCUGGACACACCUGCCAAGAGAGCCCAGGCCGAGUUCCCCACCUGUGAUUGCGUAGAACAAAUAGUGGAGAAAGAUGAAGGUCCGUAUUAUACUCAUCUGGGAUCUGGCCCCACGGUAGCCUCCAUCCGGGAACUCAUGGAGGAGCGGUACGGAGAGAAGGGGAAAGCCAUCCGGAUCGAGAAGGUCAUCUACACGGGGAAGGAAGGGAAGAGCUCACGGGGCUGUCCCAUCGCAAAGUGGGUGAUCCGCAGGCACACGCUGGAAGAGAAGCUGCUCUGCCUGGUGCGGCACCGGGCGGGCCACCACUGCCAGAAUGCCGUGAUCGUCAUCCUCAUCCUGGCCUGGGAGGGCAUCCCCCGAAGCCUCGGAGACACCCUCUACCAGGAGCUCACCGAUACCCUCCGGAAGUACGGGAACCCCACCAGCCGGAGAUGUGGCCUCAACGAUGACCGUACCUGCGCUUGCCAAGGCAAAGACCCAAAUACCUGUGGUGCCUCCUUCUCCUUCGGUUGUUCCUGGAGCAUGUACUUCAAUGGCUGCAAAUAUGCUCGGAGCAAGACUCCUCGCAAGUUCCGCCUUGCGGGAGACAACCCCAAAGAGGAAGAAGUGCUCCGGAAGAGUUUCCAGGACCUGGCCACCGAAGUUGCUCCCCUGUAUAAGCGGCUGGCCCCCCAGGCCUAUCAGAACCAGGUGACCAAUGAGGAAAUAGCGAUUGACUGCCGCCUGGGGCUGAAGGAAGGGCGGCCCUUCUCAGGGGUCACGGCCUGCAUGGACUUCUGUGCCCACGCCCACAAGGACCAGCAUAACCUCUACAACGGGUGCACGGUGGUCUGCACCCUGACCAAGGAAGACAAUCGCUGCGUGGGCAAGAUUCCCGAGGACGAGCAGCUGCACGUACUCCCCUUGUACAAGAUGGCCAACACGGAUGAGUUUGGCAGCGAGGAGAACCAGAACGCCAAGGUGGGCAGCGGGGCCAUCCAGGUGCUCACCGCCUUCCCCCGCGAGGUCCGGCGCCUGCCGGAACCUGCCAAGUCCUGCCGCCAGCGGCAGCUGGAAGCCAGGAAGGCGGCAGCCGAGAAGAAGAAGGUUCAGAAGGAGAAGCUGAGCACUCCUGAGAAGAUCAAGCAGGAGGCCCUGGAGCUGGCUGGCAUCCCCACUGACCCAGGCCUGUCUCUGAAGGGUGGAUUGUCCCGGCAAAGCCUGAAGCCCUCCCUCAAGGUGGAGCCACAGAACCACUUCAGCUCCUUCAAGUACAGUGGCAACGCGGUGGUGGAGAGCUACUCGGUGCUGGGCAGCUGCCGGCCCUCCGACCCGUACAGCGUGGACAGCGUGUACUCCUACCACUCCUACUAUGCACAGCCCGGCCUGGCCUCCGUCAACGGCUUCCACUCCAAGUACGCGCUUCCGUCAUUUGGCUACUAUGGCUUUCCAUCCAGUAACCCCGUCUUCCCCUCUCAGUUCCUGGGUCCUGGCACCUGGGGGCACAGUGGCAGCAACAGCAGUUUUGAGAAGAAGCCAGACCUCCAUGCUCUGCACAACAGCCUGAGCCCAGCCUACGGUGGUGCUGAGUUUGCCGAGCUGCCUGGCCAGGCUGUUCCCACAGACACCCACCACCCUGCUCCUCACCACCAGCAGCCUGCUUAUCCAGGCCCCAAGGAGUAUCUGCUUCCCAAGGCCCCCCAGAUCCACCCAGUGUCCAGGGACCCCUCUCCCUUUGUACAGAGCUCCAGUUGCUACAGCAGAUCCAUCAAGCAAGAGCCGGUAGAUCCACUGGUCCACGCCGAAUCUGUACCCAGAGAGCCUGGCAAGAUGGGCAGAAUGCCUUUGCCCGAGGCGUCUCAGAAUGGGGGACCCAAUCACCUAUGGGGACAGUACUCAGGAGGCCCAAGCGUGUCCCCCAAGAGGACUAACAGUGUGGGUGGCAGCUGGGGUGUGUUCCCUCCUGCGGAGAGCCCUGCCGUUGUCCCCGAUAAGCUCGGUUCUUUUGGGGCUGGCUGCCUGACCCCUUCCCACUUCCCAGAUGGCCAGCAUCAGUGGGGGUUAUUCCCUGGCGAGGGGCAGCAGCCGGCCCCCCAGCCUGGAGGACGGCUGCGGGGCAAGCCGUGGAGCCACUGCAAGUUUGGGAACACCACCUCGGCCUUGGCUGGGCCCAGCCUAACGGAGAAGCCAUGGGCGGUAGGAGCCGGGGAUUUCAACUCUGCCCUGAAAGGUGGUCCCAGAUUCCAAGACAAGCUUUGGAGCCCCCUGAAAGGGGAGGAGGGAAGGAUUCCAACCCCGGGGGUGAGCCAGCUGGACAAAGCCUGGCAGUCCUUUGGCAUGCCCCUUGGCCCCAGUGAGAAGCUGUUCGGGGCCCUGAAGUCCGAGGAGAAGCUGUGGGAUCCCUUCAGCCUGGAGGAGGGGAUGGCGGAGGAGCCCCCCAGCAAGGGCACGGUGAAGGAGGAGAAGGGCGGCGGAGGCAGCGGCGCUGGUGGGGCAGAGGAGGAGGAGGAGGAGCUGUGGUCCGACAGUGAACACAACUUCCUGGACGAGAAUAUCGGCGGCGUGGCUGUGGCCCCCGCUCACGGCUCCAUCCUCAUCGAGUGCGCCCGGCGGGAGCUGCACGCCACCACGCCCCUCAAGAAGCCCAACCGCUGCCACCCCACCCGCAUCUCGCUGGUCUUCUACCAGCACAAGAACCUCAACCAGCCCAAUCACGGGCUGGCCCUCUGGGAGGCCAAGAUGAAGCAGCUGGCAGAGAGGGCACGGGCGAGACAGGAGGAGGCCGCCCGGCUGGGCCUGGGCCAGCAGGAGGCCAAGCUGUAUGGGAAGAAGCGCAAGUGGGGGGGUGCCGUGGUCGUCGAGCCCCAGCAUAAGGAAAAGAAGGGGCUUGUCCCCACCCGGCAGGCGCUGGCCGUGCCCACGGACUCAGCAGUCACCGUGUCCUCGUAUGCCUACACGAAGGUCACGGGCCCCUACAGCCGCUGGAUCUAGGUGCCAGGGUGCCAGGGAGCCAGCGUACCUCAGCGUCGGGCCAGGCCCGAGCUGCCUCUGUGGUGCUUUCGCCCUCACACCUGGGGGCGGGUUGGGGGUGCAGAAGUCUUUUUAUCUAUAUAUACAUAUAUAGAUACGCAUAUAUAUGUAUUUAUGGUCCAAACCUCAGAACUGACCCGCCCCUCCCUUCCCCCCAAUUCCCCAGCACUUUGAAGAAGAAACUACGGCUGUCGGGUGAUUUUUUCGUGAUCUUAAUAUUUAUAUCUCCACGUUGGUUUUUUUCCUCCCGUGUUUGGGGGGGCCUUUUAUUUUCUCUUGUUUUUAAAACUCUAUCCUUGUAUAUCACAAUAAUGGAAAGAAAGUUUAUAGUGUCCUUUCACAAAGGAGUAGUUUUAAAUUCCAUUUAAAAUGUGUAUUUAUUGGAUUUUUUUAAAAGUGACAAUUGUAAUGGUAAAGGAUCGGCAGGAAAGGCCAGAAGCACUCAUUCCUGCCCAGUUGUGCUGGGCCUGGUGAGCCUGGCCCUCUUGGGAGCUGACAAGGUUCUCUCAGCCAUCGGCCCCUCAUGAGCCAAGUGCAGGUUGUAGCCACCCACUGCAUCCCUCCUGACAGACAUGCCUUCCCUUCAGGGGAGGGAGCCCUCAGGACAGCUUCUGUCCUCUCCGGUAGGAUGGGAGAAUCUGUAGAAAAACAGCUGGGGUCCCUUUUCCAGUCACCGGCUUGGAGUUGGGGAUGGGGGCAGGUGCGCCCCAGGCCAGGCACCUGAGAUGCUGGUAUAGAUUUUCCCAGAAACCAGGUUGGAAGUAGACAGCUUCAAGCUUGCUAGUCUCCACACUGAAUCCUCUCUGUCCCUUAGCUAUCAAGUCACGUGAUACCGUGGUCCCCUCGGCAGCACCUCGGGAUGGAGCUGGAAUCAAGAGGUUCUCAGGAGCCUUUUCCACCGAGCUGACUAGCCAACGAAUACUGGCUGAAGGAAUUUGUCUUAGUGGCAGGUUUUUUUUUUUUAAAUGCCCCAAAGUCUGUGCUGAUACCGAAAAGGGCUACUGUAUCUUUAAAAACAGGAAGUUGAACCCAAGCUGUGAAAAGCCAGCGGUGCUGUGUGCAGCGCUGCGCAGAGCCUGGUGCUGUAGUGUUGUGCUGGGACUUCCUUGACUCGGGCAGGCUGCAUCUGCAGGAGCUCCGCACAGCAGUGUGACAGCAGUAACGCAUCUCCUUAUCCCUGGAUUUCACAUUGGACAAUGGUGCAUGCCUCAUACCUGAGCCCACCCCCUCCAUGCUAUCAUUUGGGGAGUGGGCCUACACUUAAUGAUUUUAAAAUGCAAGAGUCAAACAUUUUCAGCAGGUAGCUAUGAUUUUCCUCCCUAAUUGGUGCCAUUUCUCUAUUUGGUCAUUUUCUCCUUUCCUUCCUCCCCUCUCCACCCACUUGAACAUGCCCGUUCUAAAAUUCUGGUGCAUUCAUUCAGUUCUUUGAAAUGAGAAUGUGGUGCUUAAUUUUUUCAACAUUGUUGAGAGAGGUUGGGCCUGACAGGCGGAAGCAACAUGCGUUGACAGCAAGUCAGACUUCUUGGAGUGUCUGUUUUUCCUGUGGUAUUAGCAGAAAUUAUAUCCAGCUACCCAUGUGGAUGUGUGUGGUGAGUGGGAGGCUUCAUAAGGACACAGAGGGGAAUAUGGCCCCACAGUGAAUGACAGCCAAGCCCUGAGAUAAACAUCAGAUAUUUAUUGAGCAGUUUUAUUCAGAUGUGGGUCUUCAUAAAAUGAGUUUAACAAUCAGAUGAUGAUGCUAAAGGCAAGUUCCUGAGCUUCCAGGUGCCUUGUGUAAGAGCUGAGAAUUGACCCGCUGGGUGUUUACUGUAACUGUUCCAGAAGCACUGGCGGAGAGUCGCUGUGAGAUGUCCUGAGCAUUUAUGUGGUCUGGUUUUAACUGUAAAUAGUGAAAAAAAAAAUUUUUUUAAGCACUUUUGCCUAGAUUUAAACAGCAACUUGAAAAAAAGUAUGUUUUAACAUGUAAUUGUGGGAGAAAUUGUAAAUAGUAGCUGAAUAUUUAACGUGCUUUGUCUAUCCUUCACUUUUACCAUAUUCUGUAAAGUUGCAUUUAUUUUA